GAAGCCGAAAGGGAGUGGAACCGGCGCCUACGGUGGCCGACGAGGGACGCGCCGAGCCGGAGGCUGCAGGAUGAUGCGAUUCAUGCUGCUGUUCAGCCGGCAGGGAAAGCUGCGGCUGCAGAAGUGGUAUCUGGCCACGUCGGACAAGGAGAGGAAGAAGAUGGUUCGGGAGUUGAUGCAGGUGGUGCUGGCUCGCAAGCCCAAGAUGUGCAGCUUCCUGGAAUGGCGGGACCUCAAAGUCGUCUAUAAGAGAUAUGCCAGUCUCUACUUCUGCUGUGCCAUCGAGGGCCAAGACAAUGAGCUCAUCACUCUGGAGCUGAUCCACCGGUACGUGGAGCUCCUGGACAAAUACUUUGGCAGUGUAUGUGAGCUGGACAUCAUCUUCAACUUUGAGAAGGCCUAUUUCAUCCUGGAUGAGUUCUUGAUGGGCGGAGAUGUCCAGGACACCUCGAAAAAGAGUGUUCUGAAGGCUAUCGAGCAGGCCGACCUGCUACAGGAGGAGGAUGAGUCUCCACGCAGUGUGCUGGAGGAGAUGGGCCUGGCCUAGCCCCUGCCGGGCUGGGCCCUGAGGAGCCGAGGAGGAGCAGACCGCUGUGGCCGCCUCUCCCACACCUCACCCAGGGUCCUUCUCGCUGGGGCCCCCUUCCUCAGCCCCGGUGGCCCUCCUCUUCUGGAGUGAGCUGUGGGCUCCGGUCCUUUGCACAUUCCCUCCCUCUGCCCCACUGGCCUCCUGCACCCCCAAACCCCCAUGUUCUGCCGAAAGUUCCAGGGGCAGGAAGAUGUGACCAGGAUGGGGGUGCUGUCUGGCUUGCAUUCCCAGCCUUUGAAGAACCAACAAGGACAACAUCACCCAAAUUUCCUCCUGUCCCUUCCCACUGUAAAUAUAUAAAUAUGCCAGGUUCUGGGGGGAGGGGAGGUUUUCAGGGCUCCUGGCUCCCCCAUGCCCCACAACCUACCUCCAUCCCAACCCCAACCAGCCAGGGCAGCCACUCUGCCUGAGGUGGGGAGGGCUUUUUCCUUGUACCCCCCACUUCCUCCGGGGCCAUACUGGGACCUCCUCCAGUCCAGUGUCCAGGGGAGGAGGAGGAGGAACAAAGUUAAUUUUUUUCUAACCUUGCCACUUGGAGGGAAAGAAGGGUGGGGGGAGGGCAGGCUUUCUGGGACAUCAGCCCCCACCCCCUCCUUCACUCUGCUCUUCUGGGGGAGGCGGAGGGAGGCACUGGCCUUUCUUCUGAAAUAAAAGGACAAACAUUUCUGCA